CAAAACUGAUGUCACGCAUGGAUAAGUGCAGCUCAGAGACUGAAAGGGAGGAGAAGUGAUCCAAGGCGCGCAGGAAAGCCGGUCGCUGAUUGAUUCUUCUUCUGGUUUAUUACGCGCAUUAAGAAGCUCUAAAAGGGAGCCGGUUAAACUUUUGUUUUCCUUUAUAUGUUAGCUUUCCUCUCUCUCUUUUUGGUGCACCUGUCCUGCUGACACAGCGGUCCAUCCGUCUCUCCACCGCGGGCUCUGGAGUUGGGCUUCCCAGCUGCUGCGCAGGAGAGCUCCCCCGCGAAACCUGGAUGGACAUGGGAUACAUCAGAACCGCCGCAACUUUGCGCUUGUUCACCUGAAAAAGGCUUUGCAGAUUUAAAAGACGCGUUUUGAAAGGAUAGAGAGCGCUCCAAAGGGGGGGGACGUUUGGUAGACAUCUGGAUCUAAAAAACCUCCGAAAGGGACCUGAUAUUGUAAACGCAACUUUUGUUUAUUUUUUUGAUGGUGGAAGGAUGAUUUCUUCCAGCUGCUUCCAACUGCUCGCCGUCAUCUUCUGUUGCGCAUCACUCACAGCUGGACAAGUGGACAAGGAUCCUAAAAUCCGUCCCUCUGAUAAUCCACUGGUUCUUCAUAAAGGAAACUUGUUGAACCUCACUUGCAGAGGUCAUGGGAUCUUACAAUGGAUUCUUGCAAAUCGACUGAUCCAAUUGGAGGAGGGUGUGAAGGUGGAAAAGUGUGACUCCAAGCAUCACUCACACUGCAGCAGACUCACAAUUACACACUUAACGGCCAACGACACGGGGACGUAUACCUGCAAAUACUCCAAAUCUGGCUCAGAGCAUUCCACCUCAGUUUACGUCUAUGUGGAAGACCCUAAACAACCGUUUGUUGAGCCUCACACUCCUACACCUCUGAUUCUGAGCAUUUACGGAGAAGAAACGCUCCUCGUCGUGCCAUGCAGGACCACCUCGCCUAAUACUGUUGUACGCCUGAUAGCGUAUCCACCGCUGUCAAGAGAAACGGAUAAAGAGAAGGUGUGGGAUCCCAAAGUGGGGUUCAAGAUUCCUUAUACUUACUAUACGCUGCUCACCUGUAGCACUGAAGUCGGUGGGAUCCAGUUCCAGUCCUCCUACAUUCCCCAUAGAUUCUCUAAAGAUAUAAAUGAUUUAAAAGUUACACCAGAUCGUGUCAAAGUGUUGGUUGGCGACACGCUUGUCCUUAACUGCAGCGGGGAGACCAGACCAAACGGAAGAAUAAGAUUCACCUGGGAUUUUCCGAAGCUUAAAGAAAAUCGAUACCAUACGACCAAAGCCGAUCUGAUACUUGGUCGUUUGAACAAAAUGAGCAAGACGUUGGUGUUGCCAAACAUAACAAUGGAAGACAAAGGAGUGUAUCUCUGCAAAGCUGCGACUGAUGCAACAACAUACCACAAUGCUUCAGCUAGAGUAACUGUUUAUGAGCAUCCAUUCCUCAACAUAUCUCAUAAGCACAGCAGUAGCGGGAUAGUGAUUGUCAGAGAGGAUACAAAGAAAAUCGUGUUGGAGCCCAAAGUCAAAGCGUUGCCACCACCAGACGUGAUUUCAUGGUACAAAGACGGCGUCGGCAUUUUUAGGAAUUCAACCUGCUACAGGAUGUCUGGCUACAGCUUGUCCAUCCUUGAACUGAAGCAGAGGCACUCUGGGGUCUACACAAUAACCGUGGGCAGCCACGGCGUGUUCAGGAAUCUGAGCUACACUCUGAUCGUUGAAGUGAAGCCGACUAUUUCUGAGGCGGAGCUCUCCAACCAGGACGUGCAGCCCUACAUGGCCGGCAAGCAGCAUCAGCUGACCUGCACCGCCUUCGGCCUGCCGCUGCCCAGCAUCACCUGGCUGUGGCAGCCAUGUCACACCAGCACAACGGUGAACAGCGAACAAUGCCUCUCCGUCAACGAUCCAGUCCCGGUGACGCUUAACGAACAAAGUAAUAAUUUCCACAACUUGAUCAGCAGUAUAAACGCCAAGACAGAACUGGUUCAAGAAAAAAACAAGACUGUGAGCACGCUGGUGAUCAGAGAGGCUCGCGUGUCUGGACGUUACUUCUGCCAGGCCCAAAACAAAAUCGGCACUUUCCGCAUGACUCUCCCAUUUUACGUUGACGAUGAACCGGAGGAAGUCGCCAUCGAACCUCGAGCAGCCAUAGAGGGAGACGACGUCACUCUGACCUGCAGGGCGACCCGUUACCUCUACACAGGCCUACGGUGGCUGGACUCCACGAAUAAAACAAUCACCACCGACGUGUCCAACCUCCGGGUGGACCAAUACUCCAUUUCCAUGUCUCUCAAUGUGAGCAAUGUGUCCGAAAGCAGCACCGCAGGGUAUCGGUGCCAUGCAUACAAGCUGCAGAGACCGAAAAAGUCCAAAGUCAAGAUGGCCGACUUGGAGUUGAAAGAGCGGAAGCGGCCAUUGCUCAACCAGAAUCUGACCAAUCUGGACGUGAACAGCAGCAGCACCCUGAUGUUGGGUUGCUUUGCUUCGGGGGUUCCUCGUCCUCUGAUCCGGUGGUACAAAAAUGGUGUCGAAAUGGAAGAGAGUCCAGGGGUUUCGCUGGGAGAAAACGGCACCCUCAUCAUCGAAAGGGUGAAGAAAGACGACGAGGGCCGGUAUGAGUGUGUGGCCCAAAACGCAGAGGGAUUCGCCAAAACGAGCGCCGUCAUCACCGUGCUGGGAGAUGAAAGCAAGUCAAACAUCGAGGUCAUAAUCUUGGUUUGCACCGGAGCUGCUGCCACGUUCCUCUGGAUUAUGCUCAUCCUGUUCAUCCGAAAGCUGAGGAAGCAGCCAGCACACUAUAAGAUGGGUCCGUCUAUCAUCAUUGAUCCUGAUGAGUAUCCUCUCGAUGAGCAGAACGAUCUUCUUCAGUACGACAGCAGCAAAUGGGAGUUUCCUCGUGACCGCCUGCGUCUCGGUAAAACUCUCGGCCACGGAGCUUUUGGAAAGGUCGUCGAGGCUUCUGCUUUUGGGAUUGACAAGCUCUCAACAUGCAAGACUGUUGCAGUAAAAAUGCUUAAAGGUGGCGCCACAUCGAACGAGCGUAAAGCUCUGAUGUCGGAGUUAAAGAUCCUGAUCCACAUCGGAAACCACCUGAAUGUGGUCAACCUGCUGGGAGCUUGCACCAAGCCCGGAGGACAUUUAAUGAUGAUUGUGGAGUUCUGCAAAUACGGCAACUUGUCCAUCUAUCUGAGAAGCAAAAGAGACGAUUUUCUUGUUUACAAGCGUCAGGACGGUAAGGUGCUGUCGGCGGGAUCGGGCUGCGAGCUGAGCGAGCUGAUGAAGCGUCGCCUGGAGAGCGUGGCCAGCACCGGAAGCUCAGCCAGCUCCGGCUUCAAUGAAGAUAAGAGCUACUGCGACUCGGAGGAAGAGGAAGAAGAACCGGAAGAUUUAUACAAGAGAGUUCUGACGCUGGAGGAUCUGAUCUGCUACAGUUUUCAGGUUGCAAAGGGCAUGGAGUUCUUGGCGUCACGCAAGUGCAUUCAUCGGGAUUUGGCUGCUAGAAACAUUUUACUGUCUGAGAACAAUGUGGUGAAGAUUUGUGACUUUGGGCUGGCCAGAGACAUUUAUAAGGACCCGGAUUAUGUGCGCAAAGGAGAUGCCAGGCUGCCGCUGAAGUGGAUGGCUCCUGAAGCCAUAUUUGACAAGAUCUACACAACCCAGAGUGACGUUUGGUCCUUCGGAGUCCUGAUGUGGGAGAUCUUCUCUCUAGGCGCCUCUCCUUAUCCUGGGGUCCAGAUUGACGAGGAAUUCUGCUGCAGGCUGAAAGACGGGACUAGGAUGAGAGCGCCAGAUUACGCUCCUUCUGAAAUAUACCAAACCAUGCUGGACUGCUGGCAGGGAGAGCCACAGCAGCGGCCGACCUUCACUGAGCUGGUGGAGAGGCUGGGCGAUCUGCUGCAGGCCAGCGUGCAACAGGAGGGGAAGCACUACAUACCCAUCAACACAGCCCUGUUGGAGAAGGUGGGAGAGCAGAUUGAGGAGACGGAGGAGACGUCCACACGACCCGUCUCCCACCGGGACUCCGGGGGCAACUGGAACAUAAAGAUCCGCCCUGCUAGCGUGAAAACGUUUGAUGAGAUCACCAUGGAGAACGGGACAAAUGAAAACCAAGAGGGUCAGUCGGACAGCGGGAUGAGCCUUUCGUCCGACAACAUGAAGACUCUGAUGUCGUUGGCAGGCCGACCUCUGAGCAUCAUGGCCUUGGCGAUGAAGGCAGUGAGUAAGAGUAAAGAGUCGGUGCUGAACGACCCGGAGAAGGACAAGUUCCUGCCCACCGUCCCGCCGCUGGACUUCAGUCUGGACGACUCGGCUCUGGACGUCAGCCUGGAGUGUCACAGCCCGCCGCCGGACUACAACUCCGUGGUGCGUUACUCCACGCCUCCCGUGUAGCCGCCGCCCGAACCCCACCGGAGCAUCCGAGAGUGGAAGCGUCAAGGCCUCGGCUUUGUUCCCCCCGUGCGUCAGCGGCCGGGGAGGAAAAGGCGAGAUUCCCUUUUCAUGGACUCAGAAGUGACUCAGCUCCCCUGUGGAUCUCUGGAUUGUUGAUUUUUUGUUUUCCAUAUGUUGGCUUCUCGUUAAUGCUGCUGGUCUGUCCCAACCUUCACUGUCAAACAGCUGAAAACAGCCUCAGGUAUUUCUCUGAUCUACUGUGAAACAAACCGCAUCCAUCCCGACUUGACCCAGAUAACAACGAUCCACAAAGAAGAGUUAAAGGAAUAAAAUAAUCCUGGAAUAAAUUGAUCUAAUGUAGCAUAAACUGACGGAAAAUUUUACAUUCUCCUGUGCUCGUAGUAAAUGAACGUAUAUGGAGGAUUUAGGCUUAAUUUACUUUCUCUUAUUUAUUACUGCGUCUUAUGACUGGGCAAUAAAUCAAUUUUAUUGAUUUUUUUUUUAAAUUUUAUUUCUGGAAAAUCUGAAUUUUACCAAUGAAUUCAGAUCAAAUCUACAAAGAAUUAUUAGAGGCAGGCUAAAUAUUUUUGUUACGAGAAUAAAGUUGUAGCCAUGGUGAUAAAAGAGGAAAGUCAUGAGAAUAAUGUCAAUAUUAGCAGAAAACAGUCGCAAAAUAAGAGGACAAAUUUACAAUUUUCUGAAAACAAAAAUUAAAAUGAGAAAUGUUGAGAAGAUAAUAGAAAAUAAGGAAAUACUUAACAUCAGCAUAAAUUACCAAAAGGUUUAAGCAAUCAAAUUUAGAAGAAAAAACAGACAAACUGAGCCGCUCACAUCAGAUUUUUAUAAUUCUGGAAGCUUUUUACUAAAAAUAACGUUUUAUUAUCAUUUUCAACAUUUUUCUGUUAAAACUGCAUUUUUAUUCUGCUCAUAUUAUGCCUAUUUUCUCAUAAUUAAAGAAAGAUUCUUGUAAAAUAAAAUACAAAUAUUACAAUUAGGUUGGAUUUUUACACAUUCUUUUGAAUGUGAGUUUUAAAUUCACAUUAAUCUACAAUAGAAGAUUAAUUUAUUCUAAGGGUUUUUAUGCCAGGAGAGCAUAAACUACUGUACAAAAUACAAAAAUAGAAGACAUUCAUGUUUGAAAUCUACGUUUGAAGUGUGAUUUUAUGCAAAUAAAAUUAAAAAGUUGCUGAUUGAACUCAGGUCUACCCAUACAGGAAACAGUUUGUUUGCUCUGCUGUUCAGAGUUUUAAAACUCCCAGGUUAAUGAAGGAAACAGGGUUCAGAUGUUACCUUACAGCGAAACAUUUACAUGAUUUCCUCCUCCUGUUUGGUGCGAAUUAAACGCUGCACUGCUACUUUAUUUCUCCCUCUUUGUUUUGGCCUAAAAUACGAUUUGUAUAUCAACACAUGCAAUGAGAACAAAUCUUCAUAGGAGCAUUUGAUCCAAAAAAUACUAGAAAAACAAGUUGUAUGUAUAUUUAUGUAGAGAUUGCAAACACUGUCGCCUGUUGUUUCACUUUUCACCAGGAUUUAACGGUUAACUGAAGGAUAUUUUCCUGCUCAGACUUUCUGAUGUUUUCCAGUGUUUCAUUCUCCUUGUAAGCAGGUGAGCAGGUUGCUCUCUGAGCCUCGUUUUGCAACGUUUCCAUCGCUGGCUGCACAAACUUUGAGCCAGCAGCAACAGCUUAGUCUGGUUUCGCAACAUCUGCAUGGAAACUGAAACCGUGGAGUGAAAGUUUAGAGCUAUGUUGUGUUUCAUUACCACUAAAAAAACAGUAUUUGUGAGUAAAAAUGAAUCUAUGCUUUUUCAGAUGAAGUGGGAACAAUUAUGCACUGACACCAAGUGAUAUCAAGUAAAUGUAUUUUGUAUUACCGUAUUUUAUUGACAGUGUUGUUUGUUGUAGGUAACAUUUUUUUGCAAAGAUUUUAGAUGCAUUGUUUUUAUUUAACCCAUAUCUAUAUAGUAGGAAAUUAACGUUUGCAGUAUUUGGUGUGUUAUGUCUUUUUUUAUACAUAUCUGCUUUCUGCUUAAGGAUAAUCCUUUCUGUCAGAAUAGAUCACGCCUCACUUGUGUAGCUCAUUUCUCCCUCUUGAACAUUUCAUCUUCACUGUAUUAGGAAAAAUUGACUUUAUUGCAUUUAUUUGUGACAAAUACACAUUUAUAACGAUAAAGCUUCCUUCUGUAACUCAAACCCACAUGGAGAGCUACAGCUAAGAUUUAUUAACGUGUGAUGCUACCCAACACUGUUAACAGAGUGUAUGAAGUAAAUAAAUGAAUAAAGAUUUAUAUAUUUA